UCAAAAGACGAUAAUGAUGCCAUGUCAAAAGACGACAAUGAUGCCAAGAACGAGAUCUCUCAGGCCAUAUCACGCGCUGAAAAGGAGUUGGAAGAUCAGGAGGUAAAAGACCAUAAAGGUGCGCCAUCUCCAACACCUGAUCAGGUAAAAUCAACAGACACUACCCGAGAGUCUGCACCAGGAGACACGACCGUUUUACCGGAGCACAGCAACACGAUGGAAAAGCCAGAGAAAUCACCCAAGAAGGCACCAAGUCCUCAACCGCUGAACGUGCAUUUCUUCCGCUGCACACCAUGCAACUUCUUCACCACGUCAAAGCAGAAGAAGCUCUCCCAUAUCAGAAAACACAGAGAGAAGUUCGAGUGCCCCGUCUGCACGAAAGUGUACCAGGAUAAGAAAUGCAUGGAAGACCACAUGCAGGAACACACCGGCCAGCACCAACAGAAAUGUCCAGACGACUCCUGCCGCACAGUUUCAAGCCACAAGACGACCACGCGCAAGAAUUACCACCAAUGUCCGCAGUGUGACUACAAAACCAGUGUCAUAGGAAACAUGAAUCGACACGUCCGAAAGCACACGGACGAAAGGCCGUACAAAUGCCCACACUGUCCGUACGCCGCCCGAGUCAGCCACCACCUCCAAGAACACAUGAAGAGGCACGCGGGAGAGCGUCCCUUCAAGUGCGACUUGUGCAGCUUCGCCACCUUGAAGAAGACAGACCUCGACCGACAUCAAAGAUGUCACUCUGGAGAAAAACCGUUCGCAUGCGACCUGUGUCCCUACCGGGCGCCUCAGAAACGCAUGCUGGUGCGGCACGUGCUCAAGAUUCACGAGAAGCAGCGACCGUACCAGUGCCAGCACUGCGACUUCGGCGCCUUCGAGAAGAAGGACAUGGUUGAGCACAGGCGGCAGCACAGCGGGGAGAAGCCGUGGAAGUGCCUACAGUGCGGCUACACCACGACCCGCAAGCGGAACCUGCUCCGCCACGUCCGCGUGCACACAGGCGAGAAGCCGUUCCAGUGUUCUCAGUGUCCGUACGCGUCAGCCGACCGGAGGAAUCUCCUGGACCACGCCCGCAUCCACACCGACGAGCGGCCGUUCCGGUGUACCAUCUGCGGGUACGGGUCCAGAACGAAGGGCCAGCUAGGCCGCCAUCUGAAAACCCGACACCAGGCAAAACAGUACAAGUGCCCGCACUGCCCAUUCACGGCGACAGACGAAGCGCGCGUGCAGAAACACAUGCAGCGCCACCCCCACCAGCUUUCGGCUGUCUACAGUAACCUCGUCAACCUGCUAGGCGCGCAAGGUGGAAGCACCCAGACAGAGACUCUCAACAACAGAGGAGGGAGUGAUGGCGUCCCAUCUCCGGCGGGGUCGUCGAACGAGUCAGUGCCAUCUCCUUCCGGUUCACACGGGUCGUCUGAGGCAGCAGACUCUUUCCCUUCCGGUGCAAGUGACGAUGGGCAAUGUGCAGGUGUCACAGGGGAAACCGUAAAAUGUACUGUCUAAAACAGACCGUUUUCUCUGCAUGGAUAGGUUCAAUUUUCAUUACAAAGACUGGCAGACAUGACAGAUAUAAUUCCUCCGGAGAAAACCACAGAACUGAAAGUAAUAAUAGUCACAUGGACUGAAGAACAUAGCCAGUAUGUCAAUAUGGUUUGGGAAAAAAUUACUCUGUUCAACACUUGUUUAUAAGAAUCAGUCCCUGUUGAAAACGAAGGUAAAAUACAAGUCAAAAUAACGUCUUAUGUAUAUAAGAAUGUUUGCAGUGGGCUUUGGUCAUUGUUAUGAUAUCGAAGGUCUUAUAUUAGGACUUGAAUAAUCGUUUAUUCUUAUAAUUGCCAUUGGCAGAUGGUGGAUGUGGGUAUUUAUGUACAUAGAAAAGGCUUAUGAUAUUACAUCUAUGUUAAACUAAUUACAUAACGCGAUGUUUUUGAUAUACAGAAGAAUGGAUGCAUGUGGAUG